AUGAUUCCCUCGGUUCGUAAACGUCGUCGUCUGUUUAUUCUGUUCUUUUGCGUCUGCGUCGCCUUCUUUUCCUCCUCCUCCUUCUUUUGUUCUUCUUCGUCUUGCGCUUCGGACGAUGCCUUUGACUUUGACGGUGGUGUUGGUGGUGUGUACGCAGUCGAAGAAGAAGAAGAACAGCAACAAAAACGAAGAAGACGAAUACUGCGAACGAUAGUAAACGAGGACGAAGAGAAAACGAGGACGAUGAUUCCACCAAAGUGGGCGCGAGCUCGAAACGAGAACGAUUUAGAAACAGACCGGAAGUACGUUUUGAAGAACAACGGAAGAGGAGAAGAGAACAAAACGUUGACGAGAAGAGCGAGAGCCUACGCGAACUUUGAAAACGCGUUCGCCGAAGGGUCGUCGAGUUGGAAAGUGAAAGCGAGUAAGCGCAUGCCGGCAAAGACGUGCGCGGAAAGGAAAUGGAUUACGAGUGAAAGUGAAGACGAGAGUACGCGGAGGAGUACGAGCGGGAGUACUGACAUCGAGAGGACUCGUAAUGAUGAGAACAGCGCCGCGAACAGAGGAGGAAGAAGUGAAAGAAGAAGAAACAAACAGUUGGGUAUCGUUAUCGUGGUGUGCUUGGAAAACAUCAGCACGUUGUUGCGAGAGAUCGAUUGUGAAAAGACGAACGUGUACGCGUACGUGAAAUGCGCGCAACACGUAGCGUUCGACGAAGACGUGGAGGAGAAGGUGGAUACGUGCGUGACGGUGAUUCAUUCGAAAAUAACGAGGAGGCCGGAGGCGAAAAUGCACGUCGAGUGGAUCGGUCACAUUUUGGCGAACUACGACGACGAGAAGCUCGAACCGAAUUUGAUGUUCUUAAAAGGCGUGUACAGGAAUAAAGGACAAUCGAAUUUAGAGCCCGCGUGGGUACACAUGUUGGAAAGCGAAGAGCAAACACAUCUGCAGGACUUUUCGUUCGCGUGUUUGAUGGAUCAAUCGAUCGAUUUUCCGACUCGAAGCGAGAAUUUCUUGGACAUUACAGACUCGGAGAAGUUGUUGUGUUCGAUGUACGAGCGAUACGCCUGCGAAAAAGACACGUGCAAUAACUUUUUAGGAUGCUCGCACUCGAUGUUUGCGGCUUCCUCGGAACGGAUUCGGUCUCUGCCCAAAACGGAGUACGCGCACUUAUUCGAUUUCCUCAUGAAUGAACGGAGCGAAUACCACAUAUAUACUUUCGAGAAAGCUUGGAGCGUCAUUCUCGGGUGCGCGAAGACGUACGGAGAAUACUCGACGAGGGUAAAGACGUUACCGCUUCGCGUGCGAUGCGGGAGGGGAGAGUACGGGACGUUCGAUGUUGCGCGAAUACUAUCGCCGUGGUGGAAAGAAAUUUUGACCAGGCAAGAUGGCGCGAAAUCACCGGCAAUAACGAUGGCGCCGUGCGAGAAUCGAACGAAGCAUUUUCACGACGCGUGGUUUCCGUGCGGAUUAUGGUAA